AAUGGGGAUAGGAUCCCCGGGGGUCCCCAGACCCCUGAGCCACCUGCUGCUCCUGUUGCUGCUGCUGGAGGAGUCGCGGGGGUUCCCCCCUGGAACCCACACUCUCCGCUAUGACCUCAUGGCCCUGUCCCUGGACAGGCCUGGGAAGCCCCAGUUCCUGGCCCUGGGAUACUUUGACGAUGAGAUCUUCCUGCGCUAUGAUAGCAAGAGCCACAAGGUAGAGCCCCGGGGUCUAGGGAUCAAGAUGGACCUGGGAGCUGAGACCUGGGAGAGAGAGACCAAGGACCUGAAGGAGAAGGAGCGGCAGCUCAGACAGUUGCUGACAGAGAUCAUGGGCCAGCAGGGCCAGGGCCCGGGCCUUCACUCCCUCCAGGCCACAUUGGGCUGUGAGCUCCAAGGAGAUAUCAACGUUAGAGGCUUCUGGCGCUUGGCCUACAAUGGGCAGGACUUACUUACCUUCGACUCAGAGACCUUCCCCUGGACGGUGGCCACGCCCUCAGCCCAGCACAUCAAGAAGCUCUGGGAGACCCAAGGCCCCUGGGCUGAUCUGGUUAAGACUUUCCUGCCUGUGACUUGUCCUGCCCAACUCUGGAGAUACCUGGCCUCCUGGAGGGGCCUCCUGGACAAUACAGAUCCCCCGUCAGUGACUGUGACCCGCAGUAAGAACCUGCUGGGCAAGGUCAUCCUGAGGUGCUGGGCUUUUAGCUUCUAUCCUCGGGGUGCCACCCUGACCUGGCUUCGGGAUGGGGAACCCAUGCACCAAGGCACCUUUGGGCCUGGGGUCAGCCUGCCCAGUGGGGACGGGACCUACCAGACCUGGGUGGAUACUCGGGUCCUCCGUGGAGAGGAGCAGAUGUUCGCCUGCCACGUGGGACACUGCGGGCUGAACACCACGGUCCCUGCAGUCUCUGGUGAGGAGCUGGCGGAGCCCUCGGGGUCCAGGGAGCUGGAGGCAGAGUUGGUAUAGGAUCCUCGUGUGAAGAAGGGCCCACUGGGUAUAAUUGAAGCCCAUUUCAUGGUGACCUCCCGGGCCUCAAGG